UAAAUGUCCACAUUUCAAUGCCUGAGCGGUACACAAAUUUCCAUUCAAAGGGAGCCCUGUUUUACAAACACGGUAAUCCUGCCCGUUCAACUUUGAAGCCGCGGUAAAUGGCAUUCUUUUGUCUUCAUCACCAAUCCCCACUUUUCAAGCAAUUUAUAGAAACACAAGCAUCGCCAUUUACGAAUGUUGAUGCAUAACGAUCUACCAAAGAUCAAAUUGCUUUGAGGAAACAACAGAAGCAAUCUUGAUUCUCAACAACCAAAUUCAAAUAAUAUCAUUACAAACUCUCAAGAGACAAAGAUUGAUCGCCUCUCAUGUUGAGCGGUGCAUCAUUUCUAUCUUAUCAAAAUGCUCCAUUAAAAUCAAUUCGAGAUGCUAUCAAAGAUGAGGAACACCAUAUCGUUCGAGUCAACGAUGAGGGAACGGGAGAAAUAUACGACUUGAACUUAAGUCAAUCGGCUCCCUAUGCAUCCCCGGUGGUACACAAUGGCAAUGAGAUGAAGAAAGCACAAAGUGAGACAGAUACACAAGAUUCAAGUCAGAUAGUCACACCUUCUUCUGCUGCCACAAUGACACCAAUCACACCAAUGAAUGGUGAAGCAGUGACCAAUGGUAAACCAGGGAUGCAAGAAGUGAACGGAUCAUCCCCUGUCUCUUCAGGUCGCAGGAUGCUUCAUUUACCCCAGAUUGUCAGUAGAAGGCAUGCCAACUCAUCGAACAGAUCGAAUGGAACUGGUGAAGCAAUGUCAAGCGUCAUUCCAACAUCGCUUGAUAAUCAAGAUCGAAGACUGAAUGCGAUUGCGCCAAAUAGUAGUAUAGGCUACCAAUCGACUGGAUCAACAGAUAUGCCAAAUUUGGUCAGACGUCCAAUGGCAGGAGAGUUACCGCCAUCGCCUCCGCUUGAAGCUGAUAUGCAACAGUACAUUAGCUCAAAAGACCUUGAGUUGGCUGGCUCGAAUGAACAAGGCUCUACAAGUACAUCGGCUGAAAUUGUCAUUCGAGCAGCACCUCGUCGUGCAAUGACGGAUGAUCCACCUUCCAGCAAACGUACACGAAAACAUAUGAUGCGCGAACCCAGUGAGAUCUCCAAUGCAAGUACAGCUUACCAUUCGGCUAUCUCUCACGAAGGUUUAUCAGAAGAAGAAGAUCCAUCCGAAGAAUCACGCAAACAACGUUUUACUGAUUCUCCUUUGACAGCUGAGCCAACUUCAUCACUUUUGCAUCCGUCUUCUGCACUUAAGUCUGAUCAGACUGGCUUAUUAGCAGGAUCGGAUCUUUCACGUCGGGUAUCUCCCUCCCCUUCGAUAGGUGCUAUCUCAGGCUCUUCAACACACCAAGCCGGCCAAAGACAACCGAUACCCAUCCGUCGCAAUACAACAGGAACGAGUGCUGUUGGGCAACCAAAACGUCGAACAGGAUCAGUCGGCAGUACUGGAACGCGAGAUUCUCGUCACAGUAGUCGUGAACGAGACUUCAUGGGCCCAAAUGCUGCUACAUCAUCCUACUUUGAUGAAAUUGGAAGCGGAAUAGCAGGAGCUGCAACGCCUUUGCGAACGGGAGACGCAGGGUUCGAUGAAGCGAUCGCAAAACAAUUUAAUCAAUUACGUCGCGAACGUGAAUCGAAGAAGAAGAUGCGUGAACAAGAAGUUGAACAAGCACAGCCUUCUGAUAGUGUCGUGAAAGGUGGAUCAGCUCUAGUACGUGCGAGAAGUGGACGUCGUCAAACGGACGAAGAGCCAAAAGCACUCAUCGGGAACGUUAUCGGUGAAGGCCAUGUGAACUACGUGUUGAUGUACAACAUGCUUACCGGUAUUCGAAUUGGUGUGAGCCGUUGUCAAGCCAAAAUGAAACGGCCUUUGACUGAUGCAGAUUACAUGGCAAAGCAUAAAUUCACCUUUGAUAUCAUCGGUAAUGAAUUGACACCAUCGGCAAAGUACGAUUUCAAGUUCAAGGAUUAUGCUCCUUGGGUCUUUCGUGAAUUACGUGAACAUUUUCACUUGGAUGCAGCCGAUUAUUUGUUGUCAUUGACAUCCAAAUAUAUCCUUUCCGAACUUGGAUCGCCAGGAAAGUCUGGAUCAUUCUUUUAUUUCUCUAGGGACUACCGUUUCAUCAUCAAGACCAUCCGACAUAACGAGCACAAGUUUUUGAGACGGAUUCUUAAGGACUAUCAUCUGCACAUCAAAGAGAACCCACACACUCUAUUGAGCAGAUUCUACGGCUUACAUCGUGUCAAGCUGCCCGGAGGAAAGAAGAUCCAUUUCGUAAUUAUGAACAAUCUUUUCCCGCCCCACAAGGAUAUCCACGAAACAUAUGAUUUGAAAGGAAGUGCAGUCGGAAGGGAGUACCCUGAAGAGAAGGCAGCACAGAAAAAGGGAGCAGUUUUGAAGGACUUGAAUUGGAUAAAAAGAGGCAGGGAACUUGAAUUGGGACCAGCAAAGAAUGCAAUGCUAGAGGCACAAAUCCGAAGUGAUGUUGCCUUACUACAACGAUUGGGCAUAAUGGAUUACAGUCUCUUGAUAGGAUUGCACGAUAUGAAGAGAGGAAAUAAAGAAGGUCUACGUCAGGAUGCCUUGCAAGUCGUUCAACCGAACAACACUGCAAAUCAAAAGGUGGCAAACGGCGGUCCACCUGGACAGUUGAGAAGGGAACCAACAACAAGAAUGGAAAAAGAAGCUUAUGCAUUACGAACGGCUAUCCGUAGAUCUGAUGCAAAAGCACUCAAUUCAACAGCAACAGCCAAAUUACCCGAACGCGAGACAAGUGAUAGUCAUCAUUUCAUCUUUUAUCAAGAUGAUGGAGGUUUCCGUUCAACAGAUAUGGAAAAUCGUCCAACAGAUUGGAUUUAUUAUUUCGGUAUCAUUGACACUUUGACUUUGUACAAUUCCGUCAAAAGAUCCGAACAUUAUUGGAAAAGCAUCACACAUAACUCAAAAAUGAUUUCUUCUAUUCAUCCUGUUCCUUAUGGAACUCGAUUUUGCAAUUUCUUAUUCUCGCUCGUCAAAGGUGCGGAUAAAUCCAAAAGACCAAGAAUGCAAUAGACGAUUUUGAUCGUCUGAAUCAUCAAUACACUCAUUAUUCAAUUUUAGAAAUCGAUGCACACGCUCUUUAUUUCUCUCGCAAAAUACGCUUAUAACGACCAAUAUUUGCAUAAUACCCUGUACAAUUUUACACAGAAUUUCAUUUUUUAGCA